AUGGAACGUGAAGAGCCAUUAUCUUCUCCAUCUUUGAAGCAAAAGCUGAAAUUAUCUCUCACCCCCUCAUGUUUCCCGGUACACCACAAACAUCAUCAUCACCACCACCAUCAUCAGAGUAAUUCAAGUGAAACCAUAAGUACUCCUGAUGCCAAAACUAGACUCAUUCGGAUGUCCUCCAACCCAUGGCUGAAGAAUCGGUCGCACCACAGCCACGACGUCCCUGAACUCAAAGACAAGUGUCGCUACCUCAUUUCUCGAAUCGGAGGCGGGUCAAAGCACUCCAGAAGGCAUUCCAUUGACUGCAAUUACGAUGCAUCCAGUUAUGCUCUAAAUUUUGAUGAUGAUGACAAAAACUUGGAUGAAGAACCUUUAAAAAGUUUUUCUUCUAGGUUGCCACCGUCUCCAAACAGAGAGCUCAAAGCAUUGUAG